CGUGUUAUGGACGGUUUUACAAAAGUAGUCGACAAUUAUCAAAAAAAGCAACGUUUUCAUAAGAAUGGUUUGAACGAUUUGGAAAGUAUUUCUGAGGACCACUUCUUUGUAAAAAAUAACUGCAGAUAUGUCAUUCCAUAUCCUUUUGAGUUUAGGGUGAACACCAAGCAAAGAUGGUUUGGUCGAAGCAUCCUGGAAGUUUUCUCUUGGGAAUUUCCGCACGGAAGUCAGCAAUAUUGGGAGAGAGAAUUGGCAGAAGGUCGUUUGCUCGUAAAUGGACAUAAAAUUUCACCCAACUUUAUAUUACAAAACGGUCAUGUUGUAACUCACGUAGUUCAUCGUCACGAAGCAGCAACAACAGCAGAAGCAGCAGAGAUUAUCUAUAUGGAUGCUGAUAAAGUUGUUGUAAAUAAACCUGCAAAUUUACCAGUUCAUCCCUGUGGAAACUAUAGGAAAAACUCGUUGCUGGCUAGACUUUGUGUAGAACAAGAUCUGAAAAAUCUACAUGUGAUACACCGCUUGGACCGUCAAACAUCUGGUUUGGUUAUUUUUGCCAGGAAUAAGACAUAUGCAAAAUUUCUUUCUGAAAAGUUUCACGAGCGGCAAGUGCACAAAACCUACGUUGCAAGGGUUCAUGGCCAAUUUCCUUCGGAAACAGUCGUCUGUGAUCAGAAACUUCAUUUUGAUGCACAUGACUGUGUUGGAUCUUGCGCCGAUUCAGGAAAGGAAGCAAUGACGACAUUCAGACUUAUGUUCUACAACAGUCAACUUGAGCAAUCAUUGGUCGAGUGUAAACCACAUACAGGAAGAACUCAUCAAAUUAGACUACAUCUUCAGCACUUAGGUCAUCCAAUAGUGAACGAUCCAUUGUAUGGUUUUGAGUAUGAUAUGAAUGAUAUGGAAAAUGAAAUGUAUUCGCCAUCCGUUGACAUACUAUCUGAAGAUAUCAUUCGAAGAGGACAAGAACUAAACUGCCCAAUAUGUCCCCGCGUUACCGUACACGACACGAAAGAACGUUCUUGUUUGAUAUGGCUUCAUGCAAAGGAAUAUAAAAGCAGUGAUUGGACAUUUACCUCUCCAUUACCUUCUUGGUCAGAUUUUAAAUAAGAAACCACAUUUACUACAAAUUGGAUGUGUUAGCAACCAUAAAAAGGAUUAGAAGCAC